AUGAUUUCUCUUAAAUUUAUAUUAAAUUUACUUUUGCUAUAUUUUGGUCAUAACUGCAGUUAUAGAGUCUAAAAAAGAAAAAAUGUAACUUAUAAAAAAGAAUCAGCAACAGAUGUUUCUGGUUCGUGUGGUUAAUUUUACAGUGGUUGGCAACUCGAACUCUGGGAAUGGCAAUCAUUUGUUUGGAUCGCUUUUUUAAGACUUGAAUUCAGUAUUUGAGGAUGACCGCUAGUUCUGGAGGAUCUUGGAUCAACGCCAUUUAUGAUGAGGUAGCCCUUGAGGGUCUAGAGGGGGUGACAUUGCCCUAUCUCUGGGACCUGUUGGCCAGACGACUAGAGUUUGCUCCCGCUCCACUGCCUGAUCGCAUUCGUGAGCAGACGUGGACUUUGCUGCUGCGGACACCUUCUCAUAAGAUCGAAUUCUUUGAACUGCCGGUGGAGCGACCACUGAUGCCAUACUAUGAUCGCAUCAACGACAUGGACGAGCAACUGGGGGUGCCCGUGGUGCCGGAACAGUGUCCCUUCAUGUUGUAUCCACCCGCCUACGUGCAAGAGGGCGACAUUAAAGGCAACUGCACCGACUUUAAGUCCCGAAAACGAAUAGCUUCCAGCGAUCUGCAGGGGUUGAAUGCAACUCAAGCCACCGAACAGUGGGCUGGAAAACUUGUCGUGGUAGCCUCGCAGGAACUUCGAGAGACUGCUCUAACAGCCGAUAACCUCAUGAUGCCCGAGAACUUGCCUUUGCCCAACUACAUCUUCCUGGAGGCAAUCGGACGGUCACGCUACAGCGGACAAACCACCGGAGGCCCUUGGUCGCUGAUGAACUACAGCAAGGAUACAGGAAUCCUCUUCUACAUCAAAAACAAACUAAUAAAUCUGCAGUUGAUCAUUGCCCAGAACUAUAAUGAAAUUAACAAGGGGCGCAUUUUAGUAUCUUCUCUACUGAUGCUGCCCCGCUUUUACCGGAUCUACAAAAACCACUCGCAGGAAAAUCUCGAAAAGCUAUACUUGGAGAUAAUGCGAUCCAGCAGUCGGCAGGUUCCCGUGUCCGAAAUAACCGAGUUGUUGGGCCGCCCCACCAAUUUCAAGACGAAGAAGCUGCUUGUGACACACGCCUUUCGUAAGUUUUUUGAAACCAAGCAAGUGGAGAGGCCCAAUCAUACAUUGACCAAGUCGGGGAAACAGUCCAAGGCGACCACACGCAAGGUGACUGUAAUACAACUGCGGAAUCCAGAUAUGCAGUUAAAGGACUUAUACAAAAACGAGGAAAACGAGGAGAAUUCAGUGUCAGAGUUCUUGGAUUUAGGCCAUUGCUAUUUAGAUAUGCCCCCGGAGGAAGAGGUUUUUCGCGCCGUAGCUAGAUUCGGCAAGCGUGGUCUUAACAGCAACGAAUUGUGCCACUAUACGGGUAUUAACGCCACAUCAAUGCGACAUUUCGUCAAGCGUGCAAAGAAAAAUGGCGUUUUCCGGGAGUACUCUGAGCAGGUGGGAAAGAGCCGGCGAUUCCGCUUUGUGGCAGUUGGUCACUUAGGGGACCUCGCAAAAGAUGACACGGUUAAAAAAAAGAAUUUAGAGAUCAAGUGCAAGGAUGAGCCGCAUAUUACCGAAAGCACUGAUGUACUGCUGAAGGACAUGCCCGAGAUUGUGACAAAUGCCCGACCCAUGGCGUUUAAAAUUAAAAAGACCAAAGUGGCCAACCAGACGCAGCGCCAAAUGAACCGCCAGAAAAUGAUUGUACGACAGAUCGACCAGAAUUGUCUGGUGGCCCUGUACCGGUUGCAAAAGGCUCUGCAGGAAACGGAGCGGCAGGCUGGAUUCAAGGACAGUCUUUGUCGACGCUCAUUAAUGCGUCUGCUGCGUCCUAUGGUGGAGGAUCAUAUAAUAAACGUGUUCGAGAUCACUCUUAAUUAUAAUCAGCAAGUACGCAUCUAUCGUUUCGCUACGCAUCCAAAGAUUGGACUUGACCACCCGGUUAUGAAGCGUGAAAUUGCCAAGCUUAAGAGCAACUUCCAUUUGAUAUCCGAGGAGCGAAUGAAACGUCCAUCGCAGAUGCAUCCAAGGGAGCGCAAAGAGGUACUUGCUCGUCGAAAAAUGCUGCCAGAAAGGCCAGGUGCGGUCUUCAAGACACAGGCGCCGAAACUCUUCCUGGCAAAGACGUUGCACGAGUUUCUUUACUAUCUGCACCAUGAGCUGCCGCAUAAACAACAGGCUCUAACCAUGUCCGCUGAUCUUGUACAGCAAUGGCAGAAGUCAGAGCCAGCACUGCAACCACGCCAGUUCUUCGACGAAUGGCAAGCUAAUGAAAACCAAGUAGUUCCUUACACUGAGGAUAUUGGUUGGCGCACUUUUAUACCUCCCUUGCCGCGUUAUGAAGACAAACCAUCUGGCUGGCUGUACUUCAUGGAUGCAAUGGACCGAAUGCCGCUCUCCCUAUUUAUGCGUAUCUGUCGUAUUGAACGCGAAACCAACGACGAGUUGCGGCUACAGCUUCAGCAUCCCAUCCGUCAGCAUUACCUGCUUUCCCAGCUCAAAUUGGAGACGAUUGUGCCACGCCUAAAGUUGCAGCAGUUGUAUGUGGGUACCCUGCGACUUCUUAACAAUAUGGGUUUGAUUCAGGUGAGCGAGCAAAAGCUUGGUCGGGACUCCUUGCACCGCUGGGUUUACCUGAAUCAACGCACCAGCUUACUCGACACUACAUCCAGCACUGAACACAACUACAUGCAAGUGAGCGCUGAUCGCACGUACACAAAGCUCAGCUUUGAGUUUUCUAACGUAGAGCAAUUGGAUAACUACUGGGCGAAACUACAGCACAUAUGUAUAUACACGAAGCUGGGAUACCGCAAAUCUCUAAGCACGCAGAGGAAUCUUCCGGAGCGGCUAAAGGGGCUAGUCUUUCAGCCAACCGUGGAGUUUGAUCAGGCCGUUGAGUUGGACAACGGAACUGUACCGGGCGAUCAUUUGGGAGCUGCAGGAUUGAACUCUCAUUUAUUCGCUCACCAUUUUCGUCAUUGGUCGUGGGUUCAGCGCCAGAAUGGUGGCAAAUCGAAUGCAGCGAGAGAAAAAGCAAAGAGGCCAGUCCGAAAGCGGGCAGUAAUUACACGUCUUAAGAUUGGUCCUCGACUAGCUGUACGCAAAACCCGUGAAUUGCCUGAUGGUAAAACUAUCAAGAAGUCGUCCGGUCCGCGUGACGACAUCGACCGAGAUGCUCUGCGAAAUAUGCGGACUCUGCGAGUUAAAUGGGCUCCGGAGGAGGAUCGCCUGCUCAAGAUGGGUCGAGCCGUCUACAUGUUCAUAGAUGCACCCACGAUGACCCUGGCCCUUUGUGACUUGGCCAUCGUGUGUCGCGAUUUGAUACGACGCUGGCUGGGCAUUUGCAACAAGACAACUCAGUCGUGCGUGCGGCGCGUUCAGUUUAUGGUAAAGAUGAAGCGCGACAUCCCGGACGUGCCCAGCUGGAUCUACGCAAUGCAGACACAGCCACAGUUCACCACUGUCUAUAACGAUCGUUUCCUGGGCCAGCUGAAGCAGGACUAUCCCAACAAGAACGAUUUCCAAGGAGCGCUCAUGACUCACUUUGCCCUAAUGAUGGCUAAACUCCAGCGAAUGAUCGCAAAAUCGCAAGGUUCUGUGAGUCAGCAGUUCCUAUUGCCCGACUCUUUGGACGCCUUCGGCAACCAACUACGCGAGUGUCGGUCUGCACACGAGGAGCAACAGCUGCUUUUCCAAGAUCCUGCAACGGAGGCUGAUCUUCAGGUAGCUGUGGCCCACGGAGUCCUGCACAGCAACAUCUGCUGUGCCAAGGACAAGACGCUGCUUAAUCUGCAGACGUUCGAGAUCUACAAACACUUUUCUGAGGACGUUCUUAACUCAGCCUUUAACAAGGCGCGGGCGGACUCCCUUCUGGUAGCCGUAAAACGGCGCAAUAUCCAGUCGGCGGCUAGCCGUCAAAUCACAGGGCCUGGCCAUUUGCUCAGUUCCAAGUACAAGUACCGUCUUAUAUAUACCAAGCUUACGCACUUUACCUACGACGGUUAUUUUGCUUUGGAUCAGAAGCUGCGAACGGAUCAGGAGCAUCACCUGUCUUCGCCACACUUCGCUCAACUUCUGGUAAUAGGCGAAUGGUUGUUGGAAAACAGGCUAAACCUUUCACUUAAUCUGCCGGCAAAUAUCUUGACUGUGGACACCUCUUCGCUAAGCAGACAAAGUGGCUGUGCCUCGGAUCGCAUUCUGGAUCAUUACAGCUCCAUGUUUGACAACGCUCCGCAGACCGAGUACUCAAAGCGUCUGGAGAGCGAGUGCAAUGGUCGUCAUGCAUCACGGGUGCGCUUCCAUCCUGGCAACCUGAGUUUCCGCCUUCCUACUAGUCCAUACAAUCAGCUCUCCAAACUACAGUUGCGUUGUAUGCACUUUUUUUGUGCUUUAGAUGCCUUGGGUGAAGCUGUCACCAUAAGUAUGGCGCGAUUGGAGCAGGGAGACUGUCCCUUUACUAACUGCAUCAUGCGUAGUGGCAACUAUCUAAAUGCUGUGGAAAGAAUAGCUCACGAGCAGCGUCCAAUCCUACGUCAACUGGUGGCCGACGCCCUGCCCUCGCAGCAGUUCCAGCUGGAAUUACAUCCAUCGGGAACACCUUUCACAGUCACUAACUCAACUCUUCUACCGUUUGCUCAACAACUGGAGGAGUAUUGGCGUCGAAAGCAACAGGGAAUGGAGCUGAAGGAUUUAGGCAAGGCAUUAGCAGAGCGAACUCUCCACAAGCUCACUGAUUGGCGAUCUAUUUGUGCUGAGCUGCUCGAUGAUGAGCCGCAUGGCUGGGAACCGGAACGCGUUCAGGAGUACGAACCGGCAUUGAACAAAGAAGAGCGUGCCCGGGCGCAGGAUGUGUUUGUGGUCCAUUUACCCACUAUUGGCAUGCAUGUUGUUGAGCAGCCAGAAUGCAAACAGGCAAUUGACAGUCUGCGUAAUUCGGUCCUGGGCAAGGUUCUUCAAUCCACCUACUGGCAGUAUACCGAAAACACGUUUGAUACUCUUCGGCCAAUACUUCUAGAGAAGGGAUUCGACGACCAAGCUAUUCGCCAUAUGGAGGACAUACUAAAUCACAUCGAACAGCAUACGCUCGGUGCAAAGGGCCUAGAUUUGCGAAGGAUCUUUCCUUUGGGAGAUUUCCUGUUCGAAACUUUGCACAUACUUGCCGACCACGGUCUAAUCAAGCGAGUGGGCAUUGUUAGUAUUAUGUACGUUCACAAAAACCACAUACGGAACUGGGUGGUGCACACGUUCCACAUCAAGAGAUUGGAGCGUGAGAAAGUGCAGCCGAUGGUGGCGGCGGCUCCUGGAACACUGCUAGCCGUCGUUGGUCACAAGCGUAAACUAGAGGCCCAGGAAACGGACAGCUCAGUUCCCGAAAAAAAGGCCAAAAUUAUGGAACAGCAAAGCACGGGAAGUGAGAGCGACGAGGCGUCCGGAUCUGCAGCAAAGCGUCCGAAGAGAAUUACGAGAAAGGAACCAGCCGUCGUAGUUGCUAAUUCUACUCUGGAAGCUUCGCGGGAUGCAAUUGCUAUGCGACCACAGCCGUGGAUACGGGUUAAUGCAUCUCUUAAUCGACGUGUGCUCGAUCGCUGGCUGGGCGUUGUUCUUAGCGAGUGCAUCUCUCGCAUCGGCUGCACCGUGCAAAGUUUGUUCCUGAGGUUUUCACACUUGGUGCCAGUGGACAUCAUGUUCUUAUUAGAGCUCCUGCACGAUCUUGGUUGCCUACAGCUCAUGGAAAUUAGAACGCGAAAGGUGCACGUGGAAUCGCUGCUGGAAGAUGACGAGGAUGGCGAUGAGAACCAAGUCACAGAGCUUUACGAUCCAACACAGACCUAUGUUCAAGUGCAUGGUAAUGCUAUUGGCAAACUGACCAACUUUAUUGGCGUCAAAAAAUAUAGCACUGAAUUCAUUUAGUGUUCGUUCUAAGACAUUUCACUAUUAAUUAAACAAAAAUCGACUCUGGAUGGUUACUUGACUUGUAUCCUUCUUUUUACUUUAAGAACAAUAUUUUUAUAAAAAUAAAAAUAUUUGAAGUACA